AUGCAGUUCUCCAUCUUCAGCAUCCUGGCCAUCGCCACCGUCGUCAUCGCGGCCCCUCAGUCCUCCUGCACCAACGGCGCUUUGUACUACUCCGACCCAAAGACUCUCGAGCCUUGCAAGUCUGCCUGCCCUGGCGGAACUUGCGCCUUCCAAGGCGCCUGCGAGACUGAUCCCAAUGUUCCUCUUCUCUGCUUGGCCAAGUGCACUUGCUAG